CGAAAGUGAAAGUAAGAAUGAGGUUAACCGGAGGGUUCAGUGUCUACAGCAGUCAGUUGACGUUUCAUACAUCCAGAGACGUCGUGGAUUCCCUUUAGAGGAGCGUGUACGGUAAAGAACAUGGCCUCCACUAGUGUCCUGCUCUUUAUCAUUGUCAUCUUCAUCAGGGAAGCGAAAAGCAAUUCUUUUGUGAAAGUUAACUGCACGAAGGAAAUCAUCGGAGGAUAUGAUCAUCAGUCACUGCUCAACUGUGUAAUCCAAACCUCGGAGGUUGUAAAAGAUCCCGAAAUCCGGGGGGUCACCUGGGGGAAAAAGGGGAAUGACAAACCCGUACUAGUCUUUGAUGGAGAUAACAUAAAACCGCUUUCUCGCUAUUCGUUUGCUGAACCAUCCUGGAACAAAAAGAACAUGAACAUAUCCCUGCUUAUCCACAAAACUGCUGUAGAGGACGAGGGAGUUUACACCUGUAUGGUGUAUACAAACAGUGGUACAAGUUACAUUGAGACCAGCCUGAAAGUCAACGCCAGAUACACCGUACCAACUUUUCAGUCAGAUCCUAAGACCAUUAAUUUGGAUACAGGUGGUACUCUGACUUGUCAUUCCACUGGCUACCCAAAGGGCCAACUGCGCUGGUUUGACAAGGACAACAAAGAAUGGAUCAAGAUCCCUGAGACAGAGGUGACGCAGACAGGAAGUGGUCUGUUCAGUCUCUCAAGCACGAUGACUUUAGUGCCAAGAUCCAUUUUCACCAAGUAUAUCUGCAAAGUGUUCAAUGCCGGAGGAAACAUUGAGGCUGAGAACACUUUUGAAGUGAAAGAUCCGCCAAGCACUGGAGAACAACGUGGGCCGGGGAGCGAUGCCUCCGCUUUAGCCACCAAAAUCGGCGCCCCUGUGGUGGUUAUCGGAUCUCUGAUCGUUGGAUUGCUGCUGAUUUUGCUUGUGAUGCACAGAAGAAGAUCUCUUCGUGGCCAACGAGCCGUUCCAGUACAAGACUGUGAAGAAGAUUGUUCUCUGGAAACAAUUGCCAUGACAGCCUGAUUUCAGGAGAAACUGCGUCAUGACACAGUGUGCAAACUUACUGGCAACCUCUGAAAUCAACACAUCCUUGUUUGCUUAACUCCACUCAGUGUAUGUACUUUUCCUCCUGCAGACAACUGUGCGUGUCACCAGGUAAAACUUUUAUCACUGUGAUUUGAUAGAGACACUGUAAGUUCUACUUUCACCUAAACUUACCUUGUAAACAUGCUUAAAUCAAGAGUAAAUGUUCAGACAGACUGUUUUAUGUACUGAGGACAAAACACCAGUGGGGGCCUGCUCAGGCUGUUUUUCUAUAAAGCAACCACGCGGGGAACCAUUUCAACACCAGGGAAUCUCAGAUAUAAUUAUUUUUUAAGGAAAUCCUUGUUUUAUUUGAUGAUUAAGCCCAUGCACUAACUGUAGCCUUAGGCAGCUCAGCAGCCUUCUCUUACUUCCUCUUUUCAUGCUACUUCAAUGCAAAAGAGAAAGAGGAUGUUGAAUCAUGUUUCAGGAUAGGAGGAACGGGUUAAGAUAAUAUGUAUGUAUGUGUGUGGAUUUCUUUUGAAGUGAAUGCAAUGAUGCUAGUUCAGUGAAAAGAAAUCCUCUUUUUUUAUUGAUCUUAUUGCCAACAAAUGUCAUAAAAGCACGAAAGGCCGGCAUGAUACCCCCUGACCCAACUCAGCAGGCAAAACUGAAUCAUGAGUAACACCAUGUGGGUGUGAUUCAUGUGGAUUAAUCUGUGUAGCAUUUUACAAUGUCUGGAGCAAAUAAAUUGAUAAGGAGGUGGCCAUUUAUUGUGGUAAAACCAUAAACACAAAUGGAGGUCUAUAGCAAAAACUAUAUUUGUAUUAGCAUACAGUGAGCAGACUUGUUAGCUCAUUAAGUCAUUGGGCCUCAUUCACCAACAGCGCGUCAAACGAAUACGUGCUUAAACUGUGCGUAGCACACGUUUGAAGCACAAAUCUGGGAUCCAUCAAUAUAUUCUUACUUGAAUUUGUUCUUACACUACGAACAAAUUUAGAACCUCCUCAGACCAUGCGUACGCACAAAUGAUGAAGACAAACUUUCUCAGAAAAUGUAAACACAUACUCUUUUAACUAAAUGCAUGACAUAUUUAAACUACUUUCAGUAAAAGAAAAAAGGCAGAUGAGUCAUAUAGCCAUCUGGCAAAAAGAAAGGCAGAAAACUCAUCCUAUUUUCUAUUUUCAAGGUUUUAUUUCAAGGUUAGCUACUAUUUUUGUCGAUAUUUUUUUUACUAUAAUGGGUAAAAUGUACUAUUUUUAGAUAACUUAGAUAAAUUCUGGAAGACAUCUCACAACCCCCCAUUUGUGUCUCGCGACCCCCACUUUGAGAAUCCCUGCUCUAAGAAACGGAUGGCUAGUUGGUGAGCAAAUUUUUUGUUUUAUUUAGAUUAAGUCUCUAGUGUGUUUACGACAGUCCCUGAAUGCACCUCGCAGUGACAGCGAGGCACUUGACAGACAGUCGGUUCACGGCACUCUGAAAUGCAUCUGCAUCUUUGUUGACUAGGAGUUGAUCAAAACUUACUAAAUGGUGUCUGAUGUUUCACCAAACUGGAAUAAAAUCAAGCUGUAGAUGCGGAGCUUUUUACGGUAAUGGCGGCAGAAAUGUCAAACCUCAAAUAGUAAACGGACGUCCCCAGGUUAUGACUUUUUCACUAACGCACACCGGGGGUAAAAAUCCUCAAUGAAGAUGAGACAGAUGCAUGGAGGCGGGGAGAGCUGGAUCACACAGCACACCUGCUGCAGGUAGGUGACCAAGCUAACACUGUGCCCCUCAAAUAAUAACUCUAGUAUCUAUAAAUAACAACGUUGUCAUCUUCACUUGUCCUGCCUGCUAUCCUCGCUUUUCACCCGUUCUCCGUGCGUGUUUUGCUGUUGAAAAGUGCCGAUCAAGUGAGGACUUACGUUUAUGUUCCAAGGAAGUGAAAUUGAUUACGAAACCGAUGACGUACAGGGGCUGAGGUUAAGAUAAUUGGUCAAAUUUGCGGGAAAGUUGCGGUGAUUGUAUAAAAUUGCAAGGCCGCGCAAAAAUCGCGCUGAUUGGUUGAAUUUACGUUGAUAGUUGUGAUCACGAAGUCGCAACUUCCUGGAGGGACUGUUAUAUGGAUGAAUUGGAGCGUGGCAGUAUGCUGAUAGCAGGUUGCGGGCACGCGCCUGUCAAUUUAGAAUGAUUCUGACUCACUAAUAUACGCAAGGUGGUGAGAACAAAAUUGGCUGGUACGCACGGUGAUUUCGCGUAAGCACUUAUUUUAUGCGCAGAGUAAGAACACUUCUACACAUUUAUUAGUGAAUGAGGCCCAAUGUCAGUUUUUGUCUUUUCAUGGAAUUCAUAGUGUAAGAAAGAAUACGGAACUGUGUAUGCUUCAUCCUGUAACAGUGCUUUUUAAGAAGAUUUUGUUAAGUUCAGAACAUUGGAGUUAUUUUCUGCUCGGAGACACAUGAUGAGGUCAACUGGUUUGACUUUUAGUCCAAUGUCAGCCCUUGCAUAUUUCACAUCCUUUUUCUUACCACAGAGAAAGCUUACCACAAAGUGGAACUGUCUCCACUUGAUCUCCACUUGAUCACUAUUGCAAAAUGGGUUGUUUUAAAGCCAAAAAAAAUUUGUUCCUCUAACUGUCAUUUGAGAGACUUUGCUUAUGUAACUUUUGGCAGCAGAGUGAAACUUAACCAUCAAACUCACUGUUAUCUUCGCAAUCUCGGACAGGUUCUUAGUUUCUCUCUUCAUAUUUUCUCUGUCAGAGAAGCAGGCUCACACGCUUUCAAAGUCUUCGGAUCGUGACUUCUGUUUGAAUACCUGCAUGGUUAUGGAGCUGCCCAGACAAAAUAUCAUGUGCUUAAAAGUAAUCAUUCCAACCAAAACAAAGCCAGGAUCAUAAAAUGAAACACCUACACAACAUCUGUAAAAGUAAAUGAUUGAUCGUGUUCUGCAACACUGAGUUAAUCAUUGACUAAGAAAGAGAACAUUUAUACUACUUUUAAAUGUAAAUUUGUUACUGAAUCAUUGAAAUGGAAAUGCAAAUAUACUUCUGCACUCCACAUAAAGAGGUUCCUUGUCUAACAUUUUUAAAUCAAUGUGAAUUCAGAUUAUGUGUGUCGUGGUAAUACAGUUAAUAUGUCAUUCCAAAAUAAACAAUGCAACCGGACUUCAGACCCUGACGUCCUGACCUUU